GGCGCGCAUCACUCACGAGCCGGGCCCGGCCGGCCGGUCAGUCUCCGAGCGGGGCUGGACGACGCUGGCCCACAGAGCGAUGCGCGCUGUCGCUGUGUUGUGUGUGGCGCUGGCGCUGGCGCCGGCGCGGGCGCGCGGCUCGCUGCUGCCGCUCACUGCGGAGCGCCUGCAAGCCUCCGUCGGCGGUUACGCCGUCAUGAACUGUCACCUUGACUUUCCCUUCGGAAAUGAGAUCCCGUAUCACCUCCAAUGGGAUAAAGACGGCGAAAGCAUAUUCUCAUGGUACAGCGGCGACGAUGCGCCGCGGUUGGCGGACCGCUGGGGCGGGCGCGUGCGGCGCGCGGAGGGCGCGGGGCUCGGCGGCGGCGCCGUCAACCUCACCUCCGUGCGCGAGACCGACGCCGGCCUCUACCGCUGCCUCGUCACCUUCCCCAAUCGCACGCCGCCCGCCAGGAAUAACGGCACCUUCUAUUACCUCGACGUUGACGGUGGCAACUUAAUAGUGACGCCGCCCAUGAACAAGACGGUGAUGGAAGGCGAGAGCGCGGAGCUGGAGUGUCUGCCGAAGAGUCGGGAGUGGGCGGUGCAGUGGUUCCACGAGGACACGAGCGUGGCUGAGUUGGCAGAGUUGGCGGCACGCGCGCUUCAGGCGGCCAACGGCAGCCUGCUGUUGCGGCACGCGCUCAGCACGGACCCGGGCCGCUACGAGUGCCGCGUGGCCGCGCCCGACGGCCAGCGGCAGAGCGCAAGCGCCUACCUUGACGUGCAGUACAAAGCAAAAGUGGUAUAUUCGCCCAAAGAGCGGCACCUGCCGUACGGCAAGCCGGCCAGCCUGGACUGCCACUUCAGCGCCAACCCGCCGCUCACCAACCUGCGCUGGGAGAAGGACGGCUUCCUCUUCGACCCCUACAACGUGCCCGGCGUGUUCUACAGUCGCAACGGCAGUCUGCUCUUUAAUAAAGUUGACGAGUCUCAUGAGGGUGUGUACUCGUGCACGCCAUACAACGCGCUGGGUUCAGGCGGGCCCUCUGGCGGCGUGCGCGUGCGCGUGCAGCGCCCGCCCGCGCUCGCGCAGCGGCCCAGCCCGCUGUACCUCGCGCGGCUCGGGCAGGCGCUGACGCUGCCCUGCUCCGCCGCGCUCGACCCGCCACACGCUCCGCCUACCGUCGCUUGGACACGGAAGGACGGAGGUUCUCUGCCUGAGGGGCGGUACUCGGUAGACGACGGCAACCUGACGAUCAGCGAGAUUUCAGAAGACGAUCGCGGUGUGUACGUUUGCACGGUGAGCAACGAGGCUGACGUUCUCGCGGUGGAGAGUGAACUGCUCAUAGAGAACGUGCCGCCGCGCGCUCCCUACAACCUCACCGCGCUCGCCGCGCACGACUCCAUACAUCUUUCGUGGGUGCCGGGACAUAAUGGACUCGAUGUGGAGUACAACGUGUGGUAUCGAGAACGUACGGAUAGCGAGUGGCGAACUAUGAAGAUACUGUCGCGCGGGGUGACCGACGCGACGGUGGUGGGCCUGCGCCCCGCUACGCAGUACGAGCUUCGCGUGCUGUCGCAAGAUCUCAUAGGGGAUGGACUCUUUAGCAAACCUAUUUUCGUUACGACGUUAGAUGUAGAGGUCAGCGAGGCGGUGAGUGCGCUGGCGGCGGCCGCCACCGAGCCGGGGACCGAGUCAGGCGUCGAGCCUGGCGCCGAGCCAGGCGCCGAGCCGAGCGACGUGCGUGAGCUCGACGUUAGUGUGCGCCUGCUGGACGAGGGCGCGCUCGUGCGCUGGGCGCCGCGCGCGCCCGCCCGCUGCGCGCUGCGCUGGUAUCGCGAAGAGCCCGAGCGCACGCUGCUCGCCACGGCGCACACGCACCACGACUACAUUCUCGUGAGUGAAGUGGAAGAGGGUGCGAGUUAUUGGGCGCGCGUGGAGUGCGGGUCGGCGUGGGGCGGCGCGGCGCUGCACGUGCCGCAGUACGGGCGCAUGCGCGGCGUGGCGCUGGGCGUGGGCGUGGGCGCGCUGCUACUGGCCGCGCUGGCCGCCGCCGCGCUGCUCCUGCGCCGCCGCCUGUGCGCGCCCGCCAAGCGCCCCCGCUGACGCCGCAGCCGCUGUGUUAAUGGACUUUAACCGAGUGCAAUGUUAAAAUCUACAAAAACUCUAUUAUUGAUCAAAGAGAUCUGUUAAAACUUAAGUGCGUAAAGAAAAUAUGUCUUUGUGCAGGAAAUGUUGUAUACUACUACAAAACUUACUUGGUUAGUUGGGUCAAGCUGGUGAAUUACUACGGCGUCGGGCGUGCCUUAAUGAAUUUCAGUAAUUUAUACCAACUAUUAAUAUGGCAGAAUAUCCAAGGUUAUAAACAGAAAUUCGGAAAAAUUUGCAGAAAAAUAUCGGAGUUGAGCAUAUAAUAAUUUUGUAAUAGAUAAUACUGAAUAUUAGAUUCGGAUGGCAGUGUGUGUGCAUUAGUAUACUGAUUUGCGUAGAUACGAAGAACAUUUAUUGACUACCUCCCUACUAUAAUAGUAAUAUGAAAGAUUCUGUCGCAUGAAAAUAUAUAAACAUAACAUUGUGUGUGAUGUAUUGUUAUAUAAAAACAAAAACUUUAAAAAAAACCAGAUUGAUGAUAAAAACCUAAAAAAUAAUAACAAAAUUUGACAUAAAUCUUAUAUUGUUCACCCAUAAAAGAAUUGUGUCCACAAUUUACAUGACACAAAAGCUUUUUAAUUGUGACUCAUUAUUAACGAUCCUUGUAUCGGUACAGGCUCAAACUAUUCGACCUCAUUAUCAUAGUCGACCGCUUUGAAAACCCCAGUACACCCAAAAGAUACCUGCAAAAUGUAUUUUUAAGCUUUACAGGUCCGUCUGUCAUCGUCGUUUCUUAUUUGAUAUAAUAAAAGUAAUUGCAAGUACUGGUCAAAAUAACGAAUUGAUACAAAAUAAGCAAUGUGUAUUGCAAUAAAG